AUAACACUAGCAAGAAAAAUUAUGUCCGGACCAUAUUGGGGCCAAUUUUCACUCCACCACGCGCCGGCAGCUGAGCGUGUGUAUCCGGCCCUCCUAGGCGGCGGCGACUACUACGAUUCCAUUGGGCACAGCAGCAGCGGCAGCAGCAGCCACGUGGAUUCCCCGAAGUCGAAUAGUACAACUUAUGGAGCACACAGUCCUACACUCAUCAAUUGCCAAUAUCUCAUUGAUACAAAUGUGGAAGCCUAUUACAACAUUGAAUCAGAAAAUAGCCAUGACAGCUCCCAGGAAAUGCAACAGUGCUAUAAGUGGUCAAAUAGCUCAUUUGCAAGUGAGGAUAGCGUAUUUGAGAGCAUGAAUAGAGCCAUUCCAUACAGCCCAGAGGAGAAAAAAGAGAGAAUUGAGAGAUACAGAAGCAAGAGAAAUCUCAGGAACUUCAACAAGAAAAUCAAGUAUGAAUGUAGGAAGACUUUGGCAGACAGUCGGCCGCGAGUGAGGGGAAGAUUUGCGAAAAAUGAUGUGAUAGAGAAAGCGACUCAAUGUCCAUUUCAAGAGGAAGAUGAGGACGAUUAUCAAAGCUGGAUUACUAUACUUGACGCACUCAACAAAUCUGAUCUUGGGUUAAUAUCUUCAUUUUGAUAAAUUGAUCUUAGUGUUCGAUUUGUUUAACUAUUAUUUUCAUCGAGAAUUAUUAAAAUCAUAAAAAAAGUAUAAACUAUUUUAAAUAUUUUCAUUCCUUUGUUGAUGUAAUGUUGGUUUCAUGACAAUGUUAAUAUUGUAUUCACAA